AGUAGUGUGUUGCCAUUAAAUGUGGUGAAUAUAAACAAGUAAAUUUAUAUAAAUUAUUUGGGUAAAUUUAGAUAUAAGUGCGUUUUUAAACAAAAUACCAAUUCAAGAUGACUGUCAUUAAUAAGAUGGAAGUAGAUGGUUCUGGAUCAAAAGGUGAAGGUUUUAGAUCAUAUUAUAUCCAAAAGAUAGAGGAAUUACAACUAAUAGUAGCAGAAAAAAGCCAAAACCUUAGAAGAUUACAAGCACAAAGAAAUGAGUUAAAUGCCAAGGUACGCAUGCUAAGAGAAGAACUUAUGUUAUUGCAAGAACAAGGAAGUUAUGUUGGAGAAGUUGUUAAGCCAAUGGACAAAAAGAAAGUUUUGGUUAAAGUUCAUCCAGAAGGGAAAUUUGUAGUGGAUAUUGAUAAAAACAUAGACAUAAAUGAUGUGACACCUAAUUGUCGUGUUGCAUUAAGAAAUGAAAGCUACACUUUGCACAAAAUAUUACCAAACAAGGUGGACCCAUUAGUUUCAUUGAUGAUGGUAGAGAAGGUUCCUGAUUCAACAUAUGAAAUGGUAGGAGGUCUUGAUAAGCAAAUAAAGGAAAUCAAAGAAGUUAUUGAGCUCCCUGUUAAACAUCCAGAACUCUUUGAUGCAUUGGGCAUUGCACAGCCCAAGGGAGUUUUAUUAUAUGGUCCGCCAGGAACUGGAAAAACUUUGUUAGCUCGUGCAGUAGCUCAUCAUACUGAAUGCACCUUUAUUCGCGUAUCUGGAUCAGAAUUAGUACAAAAAUUCAUUGGAGAAGGUUCCCGAAUGGUUCGUGAACUUUUUGUUAUGGCUAGAGAACAUGCACCAUCCAUUAUUUUCAUGGACGAAAUCGACUCUAUAGGUUCCUCACGUAUUGAAUCAGGAUCAGGAGGAGACUCAGAAGUACAGAGAACUAUGUUAGAAUUGCUUAAUCAACUUGAUGGGUUUGAAGCUACUAAGAAUAUUAAGGUAAUUAUGGCCACAAAUCGCAUAGAUAUUUUGGAUCCAGCUUUACUUAGGCCUGGCCGUAUUGAUCGUAAAAUUGAAUUCCCUCCACCAAACGAAGAAGCCCGUUUAGACAUUCUAAAGAUUCAUUCAAGAAAAAUGAACUUAACUCGUGGUAUUAAUCUAAGAAAGAUUGCAGAGCUCAUGCCCGGAGCAAGUGGUGCAGAAGUCAAAGGUGUCUGUACCGAAGCUGGCAUGUAUGCUCUGAGAGAACGUAGAGUUCACGUUACGCAAGAGGACUUUGAAAUGGCUGUGGCCAAAGUAAUGCAGAAAGAUUCUGAGAAAAACAUGUCUAUCAAAAAGUUAUGGAAAUAGGAUGAAUGUAUUACUAAUUUUUUCAUAAUCGCUGUAAUCUUAAUAGUUUUAAAUAUACAUACAGAAUAGCGAGA